UUUGAGAUGACAUUGAGGCUGUGUGGAUGGGAGUUGAGUCUCUGGUUGUUGAUGUUAGUCGCACAAGGCGAAGCGGCUGCUGCCCGCGUUGAUUCAGCCUCCUCCUCCUCUUCGUCCUCUUCUUUUUCUUCUUCCUCCUCCUCAUCUUCCUCCUGUGUCUUCAACACUGGACAGCUCCUGCUUGGACAACCCCCCACCCCCCCAACGCUACAUGGUCCCUUUAAGUCUUAAUGGAAGUAAAAUCUAUUUAUGCUCCAAGAAAAUAUUGGGAGUUUACAACUUCAUCUGCAGGUGGAAUCUGGAGCCCCUCUUUUCGACGUUCGUGGCAGGCGGUUGAGCGGCACGUAGGGCACAUCAUUCAUUGUUAACGGCGAUUGACGGAGCCGUGUGCGCGCAGCCUGCAUCUCCUCUCCCAGACAUUCGGUCCAAAGGUUAGGUCUUAAAAACCGCGAAGCUGCUGUCUGCGUGGACUGGUGCUGAAGCCUCCCGUCCGACUGUCAGGACCUCUGCCAAAUCCAGAGACAUGGCGACCAAUGGCACCAAAACUGAUGGACAAGUCACAGAACUGAACGAAGUGGCCACGAAUAAUGACAAACCCAAAUCCCUGGAUGUGAAAGCCGACAAGCAGAAAAAGGACGUGCCUGCUCGAGAAACAUGGGUGGGAAAAUUCGAUUUUCUCCUCUCGUGUGUGGGUUAUGCAAUUGGACUGGGCAACGUGUGGAGAUUUCCAUAUCUGUGUGGAAAAAACGGUGGAGGAGCCUUCUUGAUUCCUUAUUUUUUGACUCUCAUAUUUGCUGGGAUGCCCUUGUUUCUCCUGGAAUGCGCUCUUGGUCAGUACACCUCAAUUGGAGGGCUUGGUGUGUGGAAAUUGGCUCCAAUGUUUAAAGGUGUUGGUCUUGCAGCAGCCGUCCUGUCCUUCUGGCUGAAUAUUUACUACAUUGUAAUCAUUGCUUGGGCCAUUUACUAUCUGUACAACUCCUUCACGACUGAACUUCCCUGGAGCUCUUGUAACAAUCUGUGGAACACAGAUAAGUGUUACACAAACUACACCAUUGCAGAUACAACCAAUCUCACCAGCGCUGUGGCAGAGUUUUGGGAGCACAACGUGCAUGAAAUGACUGACGGCUUAGAAAAACCAGGCCAGAUUCGAGUGCCACUGGCGAUAACGCUGGCCAUCGCCUGGGUCCUUGUGUACUUCUGUAUCUGGAAAGGGGUUAGCUGGACAGGAAAGGUCGUUUACUUCUCGGCUACAUACCCUUACUUCAUGCUGUUUAUUCUCUUCAUCCGUGGGGUGACUUUACCUGGAGCUAAAGAAGGCAUUCUGUUCUAUAUUACACCUGAGUUUGAAAAACUGAAAGAAUCUGAGGUCUGGCUGGAUGCAGCGACACAGAUCUUUUUUUCUUAUGGAUUGGGAUUGGGGUCACUUAUAGCUCUGGGCAGCUACAACCCUUUCAACAACAAUGUUUACAGAGACUCUGUCAUUGUGUGCUGCAUCAACUCGUGCACCAGCAUGUUUGCUGGCUUUGUGAUCUUCUCCAUUGUUGGCUUCAUGGCACAUGUGACAAAGAAAGACAUCGCCGAUGUUGCAGCUUCAGGUCCAGGUUUAGCUUUUCUGGCCUACCCGGAGGCAGUAACCCAGCUGCCGGUGUCUCCUCUCUGGGCCGUUCUGUUCUUCUCCAUGCUGCUCAUGCUGGGGAUCGACAGCCAGUUCUGCACUGUUGAAGGCUUCAUCACCGCUCUGGUGGAUGAGUUUCCCAAGGUUCUUAGGGGUAGACGAGAGAUCUUCAUCGCAGUUGUCUGUCUGGUGUCCUAUGUGAUCGGACUUUCAAACAUCACACAGGGUGGAAUCUAUGUGUUCAAACUGUUUGACUACUACUCUGCCAGUGGAAUGUGUCUGCUGUUCUUGGUCUUCUUUGAAUGCAUCUCCAUAUCCUGGUGCUACGGUGUGAACAAGUUCUACGACAACAUUGAAGAGAUGAUUGGCUACAAGCCAUGUGUAUGGUGGAAGUUGUGCUGGGUCGUGUUCACCCCACUCGUCGUGGCGGGGGUGUUCUUGUUCAGCGCCGUACAAAUGGUUCCUCUCACAAUGGGAGAUUAUGUGUUCCCAAGCUGGGGCCAGGGAGUGGGCUGGCUUAUGGCUCUGUCCUCCAUGGUUCUCAUACCGGGAUACAUGAUCUAUAUGUAUCUUGGACUCAAGGGUACCUACGAAGAGCGAUUGAGGAUAAUGCUUCGGCCUCCUGCAGUUGUCAAGCGACGUCAAGAAAAUGGACCAGAGCAACAGGUGGAAACCAACACAGCAAAUCUAACCAGCCCUACCAAUCCUGCUAAUCUAGCUCCGGCAAACCCGACCAGCCCAACCAAUCCAGCUCCUGUCAACUCAACCAGUCCAGUGACCACCGCAAACCCAGCAGUGCCAAGCACUGCAGCUACGGUUGCUAGCCCGGUGAACCCUGUAGCUAUCCCCACCAUCACCACCACAGCCACCACAGUUUGUCCGGUUAACCCCAUCGCCAUGUUUAUCCCAGCCAGCCCGCCGCCAAACCUCACUAGCCCAACGGCGCCUGUUAACCCCCCAAACCCAGCAAGCCCAACUUCGAACCUGCCCAACACUGAGGCCAGUGUGUAGACAACAACACAACCCUCAUGGAGCAUGUAGAAAAAAAGAGAACAUUACAAAGGACUUCCAAGAUUUUAAUUGAGUCACCUACCUCCAUGGGAAAUAUGUGAUCAAAACAGAUUUUCAAACCAGAUUUAAUUUCUCUGCAUUUUUAAAAUCAAACCAGUGAUGUCUCAUUUUUGGUUUGCAUUCUGAUAACAACAAGAAAGACUGUUAAUGUCCAGAAAUACAACUAUCAGUCUGAGCAACAACAACAACAACAAAAAAAAUGCUGUGUAAUACUGUGAGGAAAAAAACAGAACAAAAACAACCAUAGAGGUAUAGAUUAGGAAUUUGUGGAUUAUCUUCAUGAAUCAAGUCAUUACAGUGUGAAUAUAGUAGAUGCCAUAGUGAACAAAAUUGACGUAACUGAAGAGUGAACUGAAGAGAUGCAUCAGUUUUAUUGUGGAUGUUUACCAAACCUCACGCAGCGAUCGCCUUUCCAAACAUCGCACUCCGUGAGGCAAACCACAGUGAGGAGCUCGAAGAAAGCACAAUGCCAAUAAGAAGUUCACGUUUUGGAGUUCUGGAGAAAUCCAGUGUUUGUUGCAAAAGAUUUUGUGUGUGAGAGAGACUGUUAUUUUUCUUUUUUGGAUUACUUUUUUUCCAGU